AUGGACAAGGGUUUAGGUACAGCGGAUGACACCAAUACUCGCGAUGUCGGCGACCUCACCGCUGCACAAGAAUUCGACUUUCUCGCCGCCAAGUUGACAAAUUCUUCAAAUUUUAGUUUGUCUGGAACUGAUAAUGGAGACGCUUUUCUCCAUGAUUUGCAACUUAUAGAUACUACAAGCCCUGUCAACGGCGGGAAUGGUUUGUCAUACCGGGAGGAUCGGAUUCUCCUCGAUCCCUCCGUGACCGGAAACCCCACUCACGGCAGCAUUUCAUUAGAGCAACCAGGCUUGAAUGAAGCCUUCGAGGAUGCCAAUCUUUUCUUUUUUUCAGAAGCGUUAGGUGACGGAGACUCUUUGGGCCAUUUAUCCAACAAGUUCACUGAAGAAAUUGGCAACAAAGAUACCCAAACAUCGAACCUGAGCACCCCGCCUAAAAUCGGAACCCGCUUCUCCUCCAAGUCAAUACGAAUUCUCAAAACAUGGCUCUCCAGCCACAACCAUCACCCUUAUCCAGGGACAUCCGACAUGGAGUUGUUGGAGCGACAAACCGGUCUCAACAGACAGCAGAUUACAAAUUGGUUGGCCAACACGCGCAGACGUAAUAGGUUCAAGGUGCCUCCGAAGAGACCGCCUUCGCCAGCAAUAACAUCUGCAGCAUCGCUUCCUAUUGCCAUACCACGGGGAAACGGUCUUGCUCAAGGCUUUGAUGAGCUCAACCCGCUCCAACGAUGGCAAGUGUCGCCGCCUGAGCACGAACCUGCAUCGGUUUCUGCUAUUGCACACGCUGUGUAUGGCCUUCCGCUCGACCCUGAUGCUGCAGCCAACCGGUCUUUGACGGAUAGUGCUCCGACGAGGUCGGUGUAUAACGCAUCUUCAGUCAGCAGCGUAGGGACGUCUCAGUCUAGCAGAAGUUCGGUUAACUCAGCCUACUCCCACAACUCUCAUGCUUCGCUGAGGUCUGUUGAUCCUCUUAGCAAAGCGUCGAUGAAGCGUAGGAGGCGACGGGGGGCUGCUGCACGACCAGAAAGAAGAGGACUGAACCCUCUGGCACAAGCCCCCAAUACAUAUCAGUGUACUUUUUGCACCGAAACAUUCAAGACGAAACACAAUUGGCAACGCCACGAAAAAUCGCUGCACUUGUCCCUUGAGCGGUGGGAAUGCUCUCCUACAGGCCCAACAGUUGCUGACGCGAGCGGGAAUCUCUUGUGCGUGUUUUGUGGAGAGGCUAAUCCGAAUGACGAACAUUUGGAGAAGCAUAACUACAUAGCAUGUAAGGAGCGAGCUCCUGAAGAUCGAACCUUUUACCGGAAAGACCACCUACAGCAGCAUUUGAAGUUGGUACAUGAUGCAAAGUUUUUGAGGUGGCCGAUGGGAGAAUGGAAGCGCGAGGAUGAAAAAAUUAGAUCACGAUGUGGAUUCUGCGCCUUAGUGAUGGGAUCGUGGACCGACCGAAUUGACCACCUCGCGGAACACUUCAAAGACGGACGAACAAUGGAGGACUGGCACGGAGAUUGGGGAUUCGAUGAUCGUGUUCUCAAUAUGCUUGAGAAUGCUGUGGCGCCUUAUCUAAUCCAUAUGGAACGGUACUCACCCUGGCCUUUUACAACAACCCAAGGUGUCCCAGAAACGCCUCCCAAUGCGUUCGAGCUUCUAAAAACCGAAAUCAACCACUUUGCUACAGAACAUCAAAGUUUAAACGGACGUAUGCCUACAAACGCGGAGCUGUUGUACGAAGGCUGUUGCAUCAUUUUCGGCUCGGAGAUUGUCGCAAAUUCCCACUUGAAGCGACCAACGAAUCCAGCAAAUUCCUGGCUGCGAGAUAUUCUCAUGUCGUCAGAGGCGAUAGUUAAACAGGCGCGGGUUAGGCCUCUCAAAAUGGCAAGAAAAUCCCGUAUAACCUACCUUUCCAUCAACGGCAAGGCCGACAUUUUUGACCAGUGCGUCAUGGAGGAGCAGCUUCAAAACUACGUGGACAUAUCAAAGAUGAUCGAACCCGACGUCUCCAACGAAGACCUCCAGCGCGAGGCAUCCAGUAUCGUUGAGCGGCUAGAGGCAGUGUCCCGAAAGCCGUCCAAGAUAUUUUCCAGCUUCCUACUUGGCCUGAUAGGUGCUUCAACCAAUUGGCUCAUACCGUUCCGCCAACGCGCCGAUCUUCCACUUCUGGAGCAUGCAGAUGCAUCAAGCUUCGACGCCAGCAAGCAAGGCUUUUUAAAUGAGAACGUGCUAGAGUCCAAUGGCAUCUCACGUCCCGCGGAUGAUGCAAUGCAAUAUUCUCCGGCAUCAGACAUUGACAAACCGAUCAAUAGCCCAGCCGAAAAUCUCACUUCGAGCGGUCCUGGAUCUGGUGCGGAAACAGAUUUAGCAGCGCAAUUCACGCGAUCAUCAUUUUUUGUCAAUGAAGAAAACUGUUAUAGACGUCUUGCUUUGGAACUGACGCGCUUUGUCAAGAUCACAACGUCACCGCGGAACCCAAACAGGCACAUCCCAACGGACGCCGAGCUUCAACACCAGGCGCGGUGGAUUUCUUUCGAAGAUGAUGAUCCAUGGAAUCAAACUCCAGCCGAUAACCCAGACUGGCUUCGGGAUUUUAAACGUGACAUGGGCAUCCUCGAGGAGGACAAUGCCAAAAUUUAG